UUUUUCAUAAAUAGAAUAAUAUAGCACACAAAAGCAUUUGGUUCCCUUCAACAAAAAGGAUUUUAUUCUUUUAUGCUAUCAACAAAAAGUUUUCAUCGUCUACCAAAAAAGGUGAGUGUAUGUGAGACUAGAGAAAAAUCCAUCUUUCUCAUGGAGUCUCUGAGGAAGGAAACUAGUCCCUCUGAGAGUACCUCAUGCAUCGUUUCUACACCAAAGGGCGCUCCAGGUUCAGAUGAAGCACUCAAAGAUCGAGAACAGGAGGCAAAACCCAGUCUUCAACUAGAACUAAAGCUAACUACAAGUGAUUGUGAUGAUCUUGGGUUUAAACAAGAACUCAAUCUUAUUGAUUCCUUGAACUCAGCAGGUUCAUCUGAUUGUACCGCACCAGAAACUCCCCAACCUACAGAUGGUGAGCAACGGGUUUUCUCAUGCAACUAUUGCCAAAGAAAAUUCUACAGUUCACAAGCUCUUGGGGGACACCAAAAUGCCCACAAGCGAGAAAGGACUCUAGCAAAAAGAGGACAAAGGAUGGGAGCUCAUAUAGCAGCCUCAGCCACAGCUUUUGGGCACCCCUAUUUUCAUCACAACCAUUAUUCUAGCUUGGCUUCUCUUCCAAUACACGGUGCAUAUAAUAGAUCUCUGGGAAUCCAGGUGCAUUCGAUGAUCCAUAAACCUUCUCUUAUUUCUUCAUCAACUGGGUUUGGAAAUGUGUAUGGACACCAUAGUUGGUCUAGGCCUCCUAUUGACCAACAACCGGCAAUAGGGAAGUUAUCAAUGGAGAAUUCCCAUGCAAUUGCAACAGGACCAACCUCCCGAGCAAGUAUCGGUAGGUUCAACAUGACGAGGACGAUGAUGGGUUCUCCAGCUGAUGAGGUGAUUGGUAAUUGUUGGUGGUCUGAUGGUGGUGGUCUGAAGACUAAGCAGGAAGAUAUACAUAAGGUUGACCUAUCCCUCAAGCUCUAAUUGAGUAUUAUAUUUUUAAGAACAUAUAUAUUUUCUGAUUAAGAUUUUGUUUACUCUUAAUUUCUUUGGAAGCAAUUGUCAUGUAUAUUUUGAUCAUAGAGAAGUUUUGGAGUUUGUUUCUUCAUUGUUUUUUUUUUACUUGGAUCUGUUAAUCCGUUUCUCCAAUACUCUUUUUU